ACCAAAUUCACGACGUUGUCAACUUUGUCAGGGUCAGACGACUAAGCAGAGCUCUACAUUGUCUUUCCAUUUACUUUCUAAACUCUCCAAGAAAACAAGAAAACGAAAUAAAAGGUGAUUCAAAUUAAUCUCUUUUGACGUAAUGGCGAGUGAAACAGAGGACUUCAAGUAUGAAGAGAGUUUCAUAAAAAACACUCGAGGAUUGAAGUUGUUCACGUGCAGAUGGGUACCAACAAACAAAGACCCAGGGGCUUUAGUUUUCCUUUGCCACGGAUACGGCAUGGAAUGUAGCAUCACCAUGAAUAGUACUGCGAGGAGGCUUGUGAAGGCAGGAUAUGCGGUUUAUGGAAUGGAUUAUGAAGGACAUGGCAAAUCUGAUGGGCUGAGCGCUUAUAUCUCAAACUUUGACAACCUCGUUGAUGAUGUCUCAACUCACUACACAACUAUUUGCGAGAGGGAAGAGAACAAACGGAAGAUGAGGUUUAUGUUAGGAGAGUCCAUGGGAGGAGCAGUGGUUGUGUUGCUAUGCAGGAAGAAACCUGACUUUUGGGAUGGAGCUCUCUUGGUCGCUCCAAUGUGUAAGAUCGCAGAAGAAAUGAAGCCAAGUCCUUUUGUUAUUUCGAUAUUAACAAAGCUCAUCUCGGUUAUACCUAAAUGGAAAAUAAUUCCUAGUCAAGAUAUCAUCGAGAUUUCAUAUAAAGAGCCAAAAAUAAGAAAACAGGUUAGAGAAAAUCCUUUAUGUUACAAUGGAAGACCACGCUUGAAAACUGCGUAUGAGCUCUUAAGGAUCAGCAACGACCUCGAGAAGAGACUUCAAGAGGUUUCAUUGCCGUUUAUGGUUUUACACGGAGAUGAUGAUAAAGUAACAGAUAAAGCAGUGAGCCAAGAACUAUACAAGGUUGCGUUGAGCUCUGACAAAACCUUAAAGUUGUAUCCUGGGAUGUGGCACGGUUUGCUCAAUGGUGAAACACAAGAGAACAUCGAAAUUGUCUUCGCUGACGUCAUUGGAUGGUUGGAAAAAAGAAGUGAUUAUGGAAAUGAAAGGUUUGAGUCGGGGCUUAAACAUAAUAGCGAUGUUUGAAUGUCAAGGAAUAGUCGUUUUGCACACUUUUACUUACUACCUACAUUGUUUAACACAUACAAAUUGUUGUACUGAAAUUAUAGUGUUUUGCAUUCUGAUUUUAACGCUGCUAUUGUGAAUUAUAUA